AGUCCCCAUAUUCGCUGCGUGAACCCUCUCUUUCUCUCUCUUCCCCUCCCUCUCUGUGUGUCUCGCUCGCUGGCGCGUCGGCACGGACGACGGUGGCCAUGCCCGCCACCACGGCGAUCGUUCAACCGGGGAUUUGAAGAUCAGUACAUAUAGACCCAUGGAUAUGGUGGGCGAUUUUGGUAGAGAUGGGACGGUGAGUUCAGUUGGUGCUGAGAGUAGUAGUCAGGCGGUUGAUGAGAAUGAAGUGGGCGUAAGUGCUGUCGAAGGAGAGUAUGAGCAGGUUGUGGAGGUAAAGAUGAAUGAUGAUCCGUUAGACAGGGACGACAUUCUCGACACCAUGCCACCGGUGUCGAUGCCCUCAGCAGAUGAUGAGCCCUAUGUGGGUCAGGAAUUUGACUCUGAAGCGGCCGCACAUGGGUUUUAUAAUACAUAUGCUACCCGGGUAGGAUUUAUAAUUCGGGUGAGCAAACUCUCUCGGUCGAGGCGUGACGGAUCGGCUAUUGGUCGGGCUUUCGUAUGCAACAAAGAGGGCUACAGGAUGCCAGAUAAACGUGAGAAAAUUGUCAGGCAAAGGGCAGAGACGAGAGUUGGUUGUAGGGCCAUGAUACUGGUGCGGAAAAUGAAUACAGGCAAAUGGGUUGUCACGAAGUUUGUGAAGGAACAUACUCAUACCUUGUCACCUGGCAAAGGCCGGAGGGACUGCAUCUAUGAUCAAUAUCCUACUUCUCAUUGUUGAGAAGCUAUUGGGAAGUUUGUUGAGCCUGUGUAACCACUUGACUGGGAGCUUUACACAAGAGGGAGGUGGGCAUAUGCUAAAAAUAACAAAAGUUUGUGGCUUUAGGGUUACAUAAGGUGAGCUGAUGUGAGUCGGAUUGAAAUCUCAUGAUAUGUAUGACUAUAGAGGUUUAGAAAAUUCUCAUGGUCUGCCUUUGGCUAGAGAACGAUUAUCUGAUGAAGUAAUUAUGUCAUGGAAUUGUUUUGUUAAAAGUGAUCGUCUCUAAAACAUUUCUUUUGAAGGUAUUGAUUUCCUAAAAGCAUCAUAAUAGUUGAGAUGCCUUGUCACUUGCGCUACAGUCUCAGUUCUCUGUUUUUGGAUCAUUUUGUGUAUGAGUCUACUUUUUCCCUGAAAAAUUAUGGCCGAUCUUUCAUAUACCUGAGUGCUAGCAAUUAUCUACUCCAUUAUACUAUAUGCAAAAGCUCUUGUCAGCACUGUUAUGCUUUUUCUCAAAAAUUCUAUAGUUCACAUGUCU